GGUAUCGUCCAAUCAGUGUUGACUCCAAAAGUGCCGGGCCAAAUAAUACUACAAUUCAUGUUCCACUGCUAAACAAACCCCAAUAAUAGGUAACAACUGUUAAAGACAACCACACAAGGAAUUCAGAUAGGACUAUUAACGUCCGCCCAGAAAACAGGAGAAUGGAUGCAGAGGGCUUUGGAGAAUUGCUCCAGCAGGCAGAGCAGCUGGCUGCAGAGACAGAAGCAGUGUCGGAGCUACCGCAUGUUGAGAGAAACCUGCAGGAAAUCCAGCAGGCAGGGGAGAGGCUUCGAUCCCGCACUCUGACUCGCACCUCGCAAGAUGCAGCCGACGUAAAAGCGUCAAUCCUCCUUGGUUCUAGAGGUUUAGACAUCUUCCACAUUUCUCAGCGAUUGGAAACUCUAAGUGCUGCCACCACCUUUGAGCCCCUGGAGCCUGUCAAAGACACUGACAUACAGGGCUUCUUGAAGAAUGAGAGGGACAACGCCCUGCUGUCAGCCAUUGAAGAGUCUCGUCGCAGGACGUUCCUCUUGGCUGAGGAGUACCAUCGUGAGUCUAUGCUGGUCCAGUGGGAGCAGGUGAAGCAGCGGGUCCUGCACACAUUACUCGGUGCAGGAGAGGACGCGCUGGACUUCAGUCAAGAUGUAGAGCCCAGCUUUGUGAGUGAAGUGACAGCUCCUGGAAGGAGUGCAUUAGACAGCGUGGAGGUGGCUUAUGGACGACAGAUCUACAUUUUCAACGAGAAGAUAGUGAAUGGUCACAUUCAGCCUAAUCUGGGAGACUUGUGUUCUUCUGUUGCCGAAAGCUUGGAUGACAAGAACAUAUCAGACAUGUGGCUGAUGGUGAAGCAGAUGACAGAUGUGUUGCUGGUACCAGCUAAAGACACACUCAAGAGUCGCACUUCAGUUGAAAUGCAAAUAGCUUUUGUACGUCAGGCCCUCAACUUCCUUGAGAACAGUUAUAAAAACUACACCAUGGUCACAGUAUUUGGGAACCUCCAUCAGGCCCAGUUAGGAGGGGUGCCAGGAACAUACCAACUGGUCCGCAGUUUCCUCAAUAUUAAACUACCAGGGCCACUGCCUGGCAUGCAGGAUGGAGAGAUUGAGGGCCACCCAGUGUGGGCUGUGAUCUACUACUGCCUGCGCUGUGGAGAUCUGACUGCAGCCAUGCAGGUGGUGAACAGGGUGCAACAUCAACUGGGAGACUUCAAGACCUGGUUCCAGGAGUACAUGAACAGCCCUGGCAUACGCCUUUCCCCAACUUCAGAGAACAAGCUUCGACUCCACUACCGCAGAGUGCUAAGGAACAGCGCUGACCCCUACAAAAGAGCCGUCUACUGCCUGAUCGGUAAAUGUGACAUCAGUGAUAACCACGCAGAGGUGGCAGAUAAGACCGAAGACUACCUCUGGCUUAAGUUGAACCAGGUUUGCUUUGACGAUGACAGCAGCAGCUCUCCUCAGGACAGACUGACCCUGCCACAACUACAGAAACAGCUGCUGGAGGAUUAUGGAGAGUCCCAUUUCUCAGCGAGUCAGCAGCCCUUCCUGUAUUUCCAGGUGUUAUUCCUGACAGCUCAGUUUGAGGCCGCUCUAGCUUUCUUGUUUCGCGUCGAGAGGCUGCGCAGUCACGCUGUGCACAUGGCGUUGGUUCUUUACGAGCUGCGUCUGCUGCUGAAGUCAUCUGGCCAAAGUGCUCAGCUGUUGAGCCAGGAGCCUGGAGACCCUCCCAUGAUCCGUCGCCUCAACUUUAUCCGUUUGCUCAUGCUUUACACUCGCAAGUUUGAGUCCACUGAUCCACGGGAAGCCCUGCAAUACUUCUAUUUCCUACGGAAUGAGAAGGACAGCCAGGGAGAAAACAUGUUCAUGCGUUGCGUCAGUGAGCUUGUGAUUGAGAGUCGAGAGUUUGACAUGCUGUUGGGGAGAUUAGAAAAGGAUGGCAGCAGGAAGCCUGGAGUCAUUGAUAAGUUUGCUGGGGACACCAGAGCCAUCAUCAGUAAAGUGGCUCUCGAGGCAGAGAAUAAGGGCCUGUUUGAGGAGGCAGUCAAACUCUACGAGCUGGCCAAGAACCCAGAUAAGGUGCUGGAGUUAAUGAACAAGCUGUUGAGUCCGGUCAUUGCCCAGGUCAGUGCUCCUCAGUCCAACAAGGAGAGGCUGAAGAACACAGCAGUGGCCAUUGCUGAAAGGUAUCGCUGUCAGGGCAUCACGGGAGAGAAGUCAGUGGACAGUACUUUCUACCUGCUCUUAGACCUGAUGACGUUCUUUGACGAGUACCACGCUGGACACAUCGACAGAGCGUAUGACGUGAUGGAGCGCUUAAAGCUUCUACCUCUCAGUCAGGAGAGUGUGGAGGAGAGAGUGGCUGCUUUCAGGAACUUCAGUGACGAGGUGCGACAUAACCUGUCUGAGGUGCUGUUGGCCACCAUGAACAUCCUGUUCACACAGUACAAACGCCUGAAGGGGGCGCCAGCAGCAGCAGGCACGCCAGGUCGACAACAAAGGACGAUGGAGGACAGGGAUAUGCAACUGCGCAGCCAGGCCAGAGCCCUGAUCACCUUUGCUGGUGUGAUUCCCUACAACAUGGCCGGGGACACCAACGCACGACUGGUGCAGAUGGAAUUACUGAUGAACUGAGAUGUCAAAAUCUCUCUUACACACACACAGUCACACACACACACUUUUGUUUACCUGCCAUUUUUUGUUGUAUAGGCCAACAUAUUCAUCAUCGUGUUAACAGAUGCAUCUUCAUUUCCCCCGUUCCUGUUUGUUUGUUUUUCCUCAUUUUGUUGUUUCAUAUU